AUGGAGGAUGAGGUCAUAAAGAUCCCCAUUGUUUGUCUUCGGUUCGAGAAACCAGAUGAUGGCCUGCCUGUGAUGGAAGAUUGGAUCACAACUUUUGAGUUGAUGUUGUUGUCUGGCAUAGAGCUUCAACGGGAGCCAUUGGAUUGCACCAUGGGGCUGGUUCAGGCCUUUUUUUCUGACAACAGACUGUCACUAUGUUUGCUUGUGCAGUGUUGUUUGUUGUUUGUUGUUUUGAUGUGUUUUGUAUUUGUUCAUGUUCUUUUGCUGCACACGACCGUGGCUUGCGACCAUCAGACAGUUGACCAGAUCAAGGGAUGGACCCGUUCAUCGGUCAUUGCACUUAUCUGA